CCUCCGAGUCUGUCGGGGACUCGCCAAGUGCCCUCGGGAGCAGCAGACCCGCGGCAGUCGUCGCUCUCACGUAGCUUUCAGGAAAAUGGAGUUCCACGGGAGCACGACGACCAAUGCAGGGGAACUAACUGCCCGAGGCCGCACGAGGCUCGGCGGCCGCGGCGAGCGCGCGCGGGGCUGCAGCCCGAGCCCAGAGGCGCGCUGGCGUGGCCCGCAGCCCCAGACCAGGCUCGCAGAGACGCGCCGCGCCGCCGGCAGCGCCGGGCCAAGCAGCGGCGCGGGUCCCGGAGGCCGGAGGGUGAGCGCCGAGCUCAGUCCCCGCGCUCAGGAAGGACCUGGGCGAGGACCAGAAGCGGCGUCUUCAGGCUCCGACCCGGUCGGAUUCUCCAUCUGGAAAGCCAGGCGACCAGGAGGGCCCUGGGUGGGACGUGAAGGCAGGCAGAGGAGUCUGCAGGCUGAGCCAGCUCGCACUCGGUGGCCAAGAGCUGGAGCCGUGGCAUUAACCUGGGUUCACCUAAACCCAGUAGCCCGUUACCUGUCACCAAGUACCGCCGCCCGUGGCGGAGACGACGUGGAUAUGCCUGCCAUUUUUAAGAAGAAAAAUCAAAACAGAAUCUAACUCUCUACUUCAAAAUGGUUUUCGACUGAACUCCGGUUAUGAAAUAUUUGCUUGCCCCGGCCAGUGCGGCUCGGCGGGCUGGGCACCGUCCUGCGGACAGAGAGCUCGCCGGUUCGAUCCCUGACCCCGGUCGGGGCACGGGCCUGGGUCGCGGGCCAGGUGCCUGGUUGGAGGCACGUGGAAGGCAGCCCUCUGCUGCUUCUCUCCCUCUCUCUCCCCCUCCC